AUGCACGGAUAUACAGUUGCUAAUAUCUUGUUAUUUAUCAUAUAUUCACACUUAUCUAUCUAUCUAUCUAUCUAUCUAUCUAUCUACCAGGAGACACUCGAACAAUUUCUUUCAUCCUAUACGUCUAUCGGAACCCCCAAGGAUGCAAAUAUCAUCACCAGCCGUCAUCAAAUCAUAUACCGCCCCGACUUUUGUAGUAUCCUGCCCUCAACCCGUUUGUUCUUGGCUGCCCUAUCUUCAUGUCUACUUCGGCACUUACUCCGAAUGCGCACCCCCAAUGAAACUCUGAAUACCGUAUUUUCAUGGCCGAAUAUUUCUUUCUUUCUUUCUUUCUUUCUUUCUAUCAUACAUAGUCUAUUUAUUAUCUAUCUAUCUAUCUAUCUAUCUAUCUAUCUAUCUAUCUAUCUAUCUAUCUAUCUCAUUCAUAUCAGGCAAAACAUCAAAUAUCUAUCUAUCUAUCUAUCUCAGUCUGUUCAUAUCUAUAUUUCUCAGUCAGUUUAUAUCUAUCUAUCUAUCUAUCUAUCUAUCUAUCUAUCUAUCUAUCUAUCUUCAUAUCUAUCUCUCUCAGUCUGUUCAUAUCUCUGUCUCAGUCUGUUCUAUCUAUCUAUCUAUCUAUUUCAGUCUAUUCAUUAUCUAUCUAUCUAUCUGUCUAUCUAUCUAUUUCAUUCUGUUCAUAUCUAUCUCUCUCAACCUGUUCAUAUCUAUCUAUCUAUCUGUGUCAAUCUGUUCAUAUCGAUCUCUCUCAGUAUGUUCAUGUCUAUCUUUCUAACUCUGUUCAUAUCUAUCUAUCUAUCUAUCUAUCUAUCUAUCUAUCUUUGUUUCUUCCUUUUUUUUCCUUUCCAUUUUCCAUUGUUUCUUUCUAUCUUUUUUGUUAUCUUUCCUUUUUUUUCUUACACCCAUUUAUUCUUUAUUUCUUUAUUUUUAUCUUUCUUUCCUUUUCUUUUUCUUUUACAUAUUCUAUUACCACGUGUUGUUGCUUCUUUUUUUUUUACGACCUCCCAUUCGUCAAUACGUUUGCGGAUCAUUCAGCGUUACGCUGUGAAAAAUCACUCGCUUGGAAGAAAGCGACAAGAACGUAUUCAUUUCUUUCUUGCGUUUUUUCCUUCCUUCUUUUAUUGCGUCGACCGCGGACGCGCCAGAGGCGGGAAAGUUGCUCGUUGGCCCUUGCAGUAA